AUGGCCAGCUCCGGAGAGGACAUGUCCAACGACGAUGACACACACCCCGCUGGGAUGGCGGGUGGCACCCACCUCCUGGGAUUCUCUGACGAGAUCCUACUGCACAUCCUCAGCCACGUCCCCAGCACAGACCUGAUUUUGAACGUCCGGUGCACCUGCCGGAAGCUUGCAGCCCUGUGCCUUGACAAGAGCCUUGUGCACACCGUGUUGCUGCAGAAGGACUAUCAGGCCAAUGAGGACAAGGUGAAGCAGCUGGUGAAGGAGAUUGGCCGGGACAUCCAGCAGCUGAGCUUGGCCGGCUGCUACUGGCUGUCCGGCUCCACCGUGGAGCACGUGGCCCGCUGCCGCAGCCUGGUCAAAGUGAACCUCUCGGGCUGCCACCUCACCUCCCUGCGCCUCUCCAAGAUGCUCUCGGCCUUGCAACACCUGCGCUCCCUGGCCAUCGACGUGAGCCCUGGCUUCGACGCCAGCCAGCUGAGCGGCGAGUGCAAGGCCACACUGAGCCGUGUCCGGGAGCUCAAGCAGACACUGUUCACGCCCUCCUAUGGCGUGGUGCCCUGCUGCACCAGCCUCGAGAAGCUGCUGCUCUACUUCGAGAUCCUGGACCGCACGCGCGAGGGGGCCAUCCUCUCGGGCCAGCUCAUGGUGGGCCAGAGCAACGUGCCCCACUACCAGAACCUGCGGGUCUUCUAUGCCCGCCUGGCCCCGGGCUACAUCAACCAGGAGGUGGUGCGGCUGUACCUGGCCGUGCUCAGCGACCGCACGCCUGAGAACCUCCACGCCUUCCUCAUCUCUGUCCCUGGCAGUUUUGCUGAGAGUGGGGCCACCAAGAACCUCUUGGAUUCCAUGGCCCGCAAUGUCGCCUUGGAUGCCCUGCAGCUGCCCAAGUCCUGGCUGAACGGCUCAUCCCUCCUCCAGCACAUGAAGUUCAACAACCCGUUUUACUUCAGCUUCAGCAGGUGCACCCUGUCCGGUGGCCACUUAAUCCAGCGGGUUAUCAACGGUGGCAAGGACCUCCGGAGCCUGGCCAGCCUGAACCUCAGUGGCUGCGUCCACUGCCUCUCCCCGGACUCCCUGCUCCGCAAGGCAGAGGACGAUAUUGACAGCAGCAUCCUAGAGACAUUGGUGGUGUCCUGCUGCAACCUGCGGCACCUGAACCUCUCGGCCGCCCACCACCACAGCUCUGAGGGCCUGGGCAGGCACCUCUGCCAGCUCCUGGCCCGGCUGCGCCACCUGCGCUCCCUCUCCCUGCCUGUCUGCUCUGUUGCUGACUCGGCACCUCGGGCCGACCGGGUACCCGCCCAGCCUGUGAUGCAUGCUGUGCCCCGUGGCUUUGGCAAGAAGGUGCGCAUAGGCGUGCAGUCCUGCCCCAACCCCUUCUCGGGCCAGACGGUCCCCCAGCCUUCCUCUGUGUUCUGGUCUCUGCUGAAGAACUUGCCCUUUUUGGAACACCUUGAGCUGAUCGGGUCCAACUUCUCCUCUGCCAUGCCACGCAAUGAGCCUGCCAUCCGCAACUCCCUCCCUCCCUGCAGCCGGGCGCAGAACGUUGGGGACUCGGAGGUGGCCGCCAUUGGCCAGCUGGCCUUCCUGCGGCACCUGACACUGGCCCAGCUGCCCAGUGUGCUGACGGGCUCUGGGCUGGUCAGUAUCGGCCUGCAGUGCCAGCAGCUCCAGUCCCUCUCGCUGGCCAACCUGGGCAUGAUGGGGAAGGUGGUCUACAUGCCCGCCCUCUCGGACAUGCUGAAGCACUGCAAGCGGCUGAAAGACCUCAGGCUGGAGCAGCCCUACUUCAGCGCCAACGCCCAGUUCUUCCAGGCGCUGAGCCAGUGCCCCUCACUGCAGCGUCUGUGCCUGGUCUCCCGCAGUGGCACCCUCCAGCCUGACGCGGUGCUGGCCUUCAUGGCCCGCUGUCUGCAUGUCAUCGUGUGCCACAUGUUCACCGGGGAGUCCCUGGCCACCUGCAAGAGCCUGCAGCAGUCGCUCCUCCGCAGCUUCCAGGCUGAGCGUCCUGCGUUGAACGUCGUCAUCUUCCCUCUGCUCCACGAGGGCCUAACCGACGUGAUCCGGGAUGUCCCCAUGGUGCACCUGGAUGAGAUCACCUUAUUUAAAAGCAGAGUGGCUGAGGAACCACCUAACCUAUGGUGGUGAGAGGGACAGGCCCGGCACUGUGCCGAGCCCCUGCCUGUUGUCUAAGUCGCCGUGAGAUGCCACCGCUGUUCCCUGCCUGCCUGCAGCCCCCAGGAGCCUGCGGACACCAGGGACCCGUGGGUUUGCCACAGGAGGAAAAGAGCUGUCUCUCCCAGUGGCUCCUGGGGCUCUGGGUGUCUCCUCCGGCUUUCUCUCAUGAGGACUGUUGCUCAGUGAAGUUUGGGAUGAGGGGACAUGCUCCGGGUGGCCAGAGGGGGAUCAGUGGGCUGUCGAUGUGGAGGGCCUGGCCAGGGUGUUCUCACACAGAGACUCAAUGCUGGGGCCUGCCACAGCCCCCGAGCCCGGGGGUAAGGGCUGCGGCCCUGGAGAGUGUCCCUUGGCGGUUCGUGGUCACCUGCCAUCUGGGCUCCGAGGGCGGGUGGCUGCGCCCUUGCGUGUGGGUGGGCGUGUGCAGACAGCCACACUGCUCGCUGCACGUGCCCCUCGUGUGGUUGAGCGGCUGUGUGGCCUGUGAGGGCUGCA